AUUGAUUUCCUUGCUCACGAUGCGCUAUCGUAUGCUGGGCCUGACGAUGAAAAUUUGUACGAACCGUCUCGACGUGAGGGUAUGUUUCUCGAAACACAGCGAACAGAAGGCGUCUCAACGAGCGAUGUCGUUUGUCGCAUUAUUCGUGAUUACGACAAAUAUGUACGUCGCAAUCUUCAGCGUGGCUACUCAGCUAAGGAACUGAAUGUUGGAUUUCUUGCA